AUGGCGACAGCACUGGCUAAUGCCCAUUCCCCAGCUCCUCUGAAUCUGAAGAAGGAGGGGCUUCAGACAGUGAAGCAGGAUCCCUGCUCUACUUGGGAACAGGGAUUCAAGCUGCCAGGAAACAGCACCGGCCUUGGACAAGAACCGCUGUGCAAACAGUUCAGGCAGUUGCGAUAUGAAGAGACCACAGGGCCCCGCGAGGCGCUGAGCCGGCUCCGGGAGCUCUGCCGUCAGUGGCUGCGGCCCGAGACGCACAGCAAGGAGCAGAUCCUGGAGCUGCUGGUGCUGGAGCAGUUCCUGACCAUCCUGCCCGAGGAGCUGCAGGCCCGGGUGCGGGAGCAGCACCCCGAGACCGGGGACGAGGUGGUGGUUGUGCUGGAGGAUUUGCAGCCAGAGCUUGGAGAAGCAGGACAACAUGUGGGCCCAGACCAGGCAAAGCAGCAGAAGAUGCUCGCAGAGGUGGCAGCCCCUGUGGAAGCAGCGCGGGAGCCACAGGUCCAGCCUGAGCGUGACGUCCCAAAGCCGGAAGAAGAGCAGGGUGAGGAGACAAAGAUUGAGAAUGGGAAGACGGUGGUAGAGACAGAUUCUUGUGGAGGAGUGGAAUCAUCUGGUAAAAUAUCUGAACCCAUAGAACCUCGUCAUGAGGACCCUAACUUGGAAGGACAGCAGGUCAAGCCCAAGGAGAAGACUGAAUAUAAAUGCUCAGACUGUGGGGAGGGAUUCACCCAGCGCUCAGACCUGAUUAGACACGAAGGGACACACACACAAGGGAAGCUCUGUGAAUCUGAGGCUUGUCAGAGUCCUAGUCCUACUGCACAUCAGAAAAUCCGCUCUAGAGAGAAAGGUCAUCAGUGUCACGAGUGUGGGAAAGCCUUUCAGAGAAGUUCACACCUCGUCAGGCACCAGAAAAUCCAUCUUGGAGAGAAGCCUUAUCAGUGCAAAGAGUGUGGAAAGGUCUUUAGCCAGAAUGCAGGCCUUCUGGAACACCUUAGAAUCCAUACUGGAGAGAAACCUUACCUGUGCAUCCACUGUGGGAAGAACUUCAGGCGCAGCUCCCACCUCAACCGACACCAGAGAAUUCACAGUCAGGAGGAGCCCUGUGAGUGCAAGGAGUGUGGGAAGACCUUCAGUCAGGCCCUUUUCCUCACCCACCACCAGAGAAUCCACAGCCACUCCAGAAGCCAUCGCUGUAACGAGUGCGGGAAAGCCUUCAGUUUGACCUCGGACCUUAUUCGCCAUCACAGGAUUCACACUGGAGAAAAGCCUUUUAAAUGUGCCAUAUGCCAGAAAGCCUUCCGACUGAACUCCCACCUGGCUCAGCACGUGAGAAUCCACAACGAAGAAAAACCCUAUGAGUGUAAUGAAUGCGGCGAAGCUUUCAGGCAGAGGUCGGGUCUUUUUCAGCAUCAGAGAUACCACCACAAACACAGUCUGGCUUGA